AAGGAUUGAAGCGAUUGAUAAACAUUAUCUUAGUUGAAGAUGAGGAUCAAAUGGUUGAUAAUUUUUCUGACCACAUGUUUGUCAUUUUUAUUUACUGUUUAUUGUAUGAAAAACAAUGACCAGUAUUUACUGGAUAACAACAACGACAACAACAAUGACAUAAAUUAUGGUCAGUUGAUGUCUGUUGAAGAGACAAUACAUAGAGUUAAACGAAAGGGUGGAACAGGGGGUAGAGGUGGUGGUGGAACUGGUAGUGGUGGUAGACGUGGAGGUCGUAUUUUUGUUGGUAGUAGUUCUGGAGGAAACGGUUAUAUAAAUGAUGAUGAAGAUUAUGUCGAUGAUGAUUUUUUUUGUACUGAAUCAACGUUUGGUAUCUGUUUGUCAGUCAAUUCAAUGAUUGUUAUAUAUAUUUUACUACCGGUGCCAAUGCUAGCUACACGUUGUGGUGAUUUUAAUCAAUGGUUUUUAAUAUUGUCUGCUGUUAUCACUAUCGGUAUUGUUGUCUUAACGUAUGCCAUAAUAAUUGUUGCCAAUUCAAUUAUAAAGACAACCUACGCUAAAAUUAAGCGAUUGGUAGUUAGAUAUAACACCAUAUUCCAGGCACCUGUAUCUUAA